AUGGGGGUUCAAAUUGCACUGAACCUGAAGAAUGUGGCUUACGAAUUCGUCGAUGAGGCGGCCGGAGCCCAGAGUGAGCUUCUUGUUCGCUCGAACCCCGUGUAUAAGUUGAUCCCGGUGCUCAUUCACAACUACAGGCCGAUCUGCGAGUCGAUUAUGAUCGUCGAGUACAUCAAUGAGGUUUGGGUCACUGGCACAGAGUCGAGCUCGAUUCUCCCCUUCGAUCCCUAUGAUUGUGCCUCUGCACGGUUUUGGGCCUCGUACAUUGAUGACAAGGUAGCGCUUAAGUUUUAUUCCAAGCACUGA